GCGUAGCUUUCUAACUGAGUAAACUGCAAGAGUGUACGAACAACAAAGGAGAAAAACUUUCUUGAACGUAUGACGUCCCUUGCCAUUUUCCUUUUCCUGAUGCGGGAUGAGGAGGGGGAGGACGUCCCUCUGCGGUUCAUGAGGAUUCCAACACCAAGCCAUUCUAUAAAUAAGAAGCCGAGUCUCAGAGAAUUUGAGUGUGUAGAGAAAGGAGGUCCGCAGGCCCAGUUCUGUGCAUCAUAGGGUGUUCCGGGGUGUCUGGCUGUAUCUCAAGAUUCUCUCAGAAAAUCACCCGCACCGGACCGGAUCCCUCAGGGAGGGGCUGCACUUUGGUUCUUCUCUUCUGCACCCGGAUGAAGCAGGAACCCCGGUUGCGUGUUGCACUGAACGCUAAAGGGUUAAGGCCUGGGGGGCCGCCCCUUUUCCGCCCAGCCGGCGGGAGUAUGAAUACCCUCGCUCCAGCUCCCUGCUGGAGUUCUCCGCUUCCGCUGGGUCACUGUCGCCGCUACUUCUUUUCAACCCCUAAAAGCUCCACGGGCCACUCCCUUCUCUAGUGCUCCACGUCCGCUUGCCCUCGGGGGCCAGACCAGCGACAUGGAGGGUUGCGUCGGGGAAGAAUCUUUUCAGAUGUGGGAGCUCAAUCGACGCCUGGAGGCCUACCUGACCCGGGUCAAGACGCUAGAAGAGCAAAACCAGCUGCUCAGCGCCGAGCUUGGGGGACUCCGGGCGCAGUCCGGAGACACCUCCUGGAGAGCCCGAGCCGAUGACGAGCUGGCAUCCCUGCGGAUCCUCGUCGAUCAGCGCUGGCGGGAGAAGCUCGAGGCUGAGGUGCAGCGCGACAACCUUGCGGAAGAGCUGGAGAGCGUGGCGGGCCGGUGCCAGCAGGUGCGGCUUGCUCGGGAGCGGACCGUCCAGGAGGCCGCCUGCAGCCGGCGCGCACUCGAGGCGGAGAAGAAUGCGCGGGGCUGGCUGAGCACCCAGGCGGCCGAGCUGGAGCGGGAGUUAGAGGCUCUGCGAGCCGCGCACGAGGAGGAGCGCGCACACCUGAACGCCCAGGCCGCCUGUGCGCCUCGCCGGCCCCCCGCACCGCCCCACGGAUCCCCGGUCCGGGCCCCCGAAGUCGAGGAUCUGGCCAGGCGACUAGGCGAAGUGUGGCGCGGGGCGGUGCGUGACUACCAGGAGCGCGUGGCUCACAUGGAAAGCUCGCUGGGUCAGGCACGCGAGCGGCUGAGCCAAGCCGUGCGGGGCGCUCGGGAGUGUCGCUUAGAGGUGCAACAGCUGCAGGCUGAUCGCGACAGCCUCCAGGAGCGCAGAGAAGCGCUGGAACAGAGAUUGGAAGGCCGCUGGCAGGACCGGCUGCAGGCCACUGAUAAGUUCCAGCUGGCUGUGGAAGCCCUGGAGCAGGAGAAGCAAGGUCUACAGAGUCAGAUCGCUCAGAUCCUGGAAGGUGGGCAGCAACUGGCACACCUCAAGAUGUCCCUUAGUCUGGAGGUGGCUACAUACAGGACUCUGCUGGAGGCUGAGAACUCUCGGUUGCAGACACCUGGACGAGGUUCCCAGGCUUCUCUUGGCUUUCUGGACCCCAAGCUGAAGCCGAAUUUCCUUGGGAUACCAGAGGACCAGUACCUGGGAUCUGUGCUCCCUGCCCUCAGCCCCACAUCCUUCCCUUCCCCCUUGCCUAAUACCCUUGAGACUCCUGUGACAGCCUUCCUGAAGACUCAGGAGUUCCUUCAGGCCAGAACCCCCACCUUGGCCAGCACUCCCAUCCCACCUAUAUCUGAGGCUCCCUGUCCUCCAAAUGCAGAGGUCAGAGCCCAGGAGGUCCCUCUUUCUCUGCUCCAGACACAGGCUCCAGAGCCCCUUUGGGCUGAGGCCACAGUGCCUAGUUCUUCUGCUAUCCUCCCAGAACUAGAGGAACCUGGGGGCAAGCAGCAGGGUCACUUCCCUGAUGAUCUGACCUCCUUAGCCACAACCCUCAACCCUCACCACCCUACUUUAGAGGCUAAAGAUGGAGAAUCCAGUGAGUCUAGAGUUUCUAGCAUAUUCCAGGAAGAUGAGGGGCAAAUCUGGGAACUGGUAGAGAAAGAAGCAGAUAUAGAGGUAAAAGUAGAAAACAGCUCAGCCCAGAAAACACAAGAAAGUGGUCUGGACACAGAAGAAACCCAGGAUUCCCAGGGACCUUUGCAGAAGGAAACACUGAAGGCUCUAGGAGAGGAGCCACUGAUGUCUCUGAAAAUCCAGAACUAUGAGACAGCAGGGAAAGAGAAUUGCAAUUCUUCUACAGAAGGCCACCUGGGAACACUAGAAGGCCCAGAAAAAGAAAAGCAAAUACCACUAAAGUCUUUAGAAGAAAAGAAUGUAGAGUCAGAGAAAACUCUAGAAAAUGGGGUUCCUGUACUAUCUGAGCUUUUAGGAAAAGAAGACACAAGAACAGAGGAUCAAGAAUUAAUGUCUCCUAAAGGUACACUAAAGAGAUUUUCAUCUCUAGGAAAGGAAAGUCAAGAAGUAGUGAGGCCUUCAAAAGAGGGGAACCUAGAAUCAUGGACAGCUUUUAAAGAGGAGAGCCAACACCCACUGGGAUUUCCAGGAGCUGAGGACCAGAUGCUUGAGAGACUGGUAGAGAAAGAGGAUCAGAGCUUCCCAAGGUCUCCAGAGGAAGAGGACCAGGAGGCAUGUAGACCUCUGCAGAAAGAGAAUCAGGAACCACUAGGGUAUGAAGAAGCAGAGGGCCAGAUACUUGAGAGACUGAUAGAAAAAGAGAGUCAGGAGUCCCUGAGGUCUCCAGAAGAAGAGGACCAGGAGGCAGGUAGAUCUCUGCAGAAAGAGAAUCAGGAGCCACUAGGGUAUGAAGAAGCAGAGGGCCAGAUACUUGAGAGACUGAUAGAAAAAGAGAGUCAGGAGUCCCUGAGAUCUGCAGAAGAAGAGGACCAGGAGGCAUGUAGAUCUCUGCAGAAAGAGAAUCAGGAGCCACUAGGGUAUGAAGAAGCAGAGGACCAGAUACUUGAGAGACUGAUAGAAAAAGAGAGUCAGGAGUCCCUGAGGUCUCCAGAAGAAGAGGACCAGGAGGCAGGUAGAUCUCUGCAGAAAGAGAAUCAGGAGCCACUAGGGUAUGAAGAAGCAGAGGACCAGAUGCUUGAGAGACUGAUAGAAAAAGAGAGUCAGGAGUCCCUGAAGUCUCCAGAAGAAAACCAGAGGAUUGGGAAGCCUCUAGAAAGAGAGAAUCAGAAAUCUCUGAGGUAUCUUGAAGAAAACCAGGAGACUUUUGUACCACUAGAAAGCAGGAACCAGAGGCCACUGAGAUCUCUAGAAGUAGAAGAGGAGGAGCAGAGAAUUGUGAAACCUCUAGAAAAAGUGAGUCAGGAUUCCCUCGGAUCUCUAGCAGAAGAGAAUGUGCAGCCACUGAGGUAUCUGGAAGAAGAUAACUGCAUAAAUAAGAGCCUUCUAGAAGACAAGACUCACAAGUCCUUGGGGUCUCUUGAAGAUAGAAAUGGGGAUAGCAUUAUUAUACCACAAGAAAGUGAGACCCAGGUUUCAUUGAGGCCUCCAGAAGAGGAGGACCAGAGGAUUGUGAACCAUCUAGAAAAAGAAAGUCAGGAGUUCUCAAGGUCUUCAGAAGAAGAAGAGCAGGUGAUGGAGAGAUCUCUAGAAGGAGAGAACCAUGAAUCACUGAGUUCUGUAGAAAAAGAGGACCAGAUGGUUGAGAGCCAACUAGAGAAAGAGAGUCAGGACUCAGGGAAGUCUCUUGAAGAUGAGAGCCAGGAGACUUUUGGACCUCUGGAAAAAGAGAAUGCAGAGUCCCUGAGAUCUCUAGCAGGACAGGACCAAGAGGAACAGAAGCUUGAACAAGAGACCCAACAAACACUGAGGGCUGUAGGGAAUGAGCAGAUGGCAGUGAGCCCACCAGAAAAGGUGGAUCCAGAGUUACCGAAGCCUCUUGGAAAUGACCAGGAAAUAGCUAGAUCUCUUGGAAAAGAGAAUCAAGAGUCACUAGUGUCACUGAAAGAAAAAGGUAUAGAGACAGUGAAGUCUUUAGAAACAGAGAUCAUAGAACCACUGGAGACUGCAGAAGAGGACCUGGAAAGAAGGAAGUCUAUAGAUACUCAGGAGCCAUUGUGGUCUACUGAAGUGGCUAGAGAGACAGUAGAACCUCCAGAAGAUGAGCCCCCAGGAUCGCUAGGGUCUGUGGAUGAGAACCGAGAGACACUGACAUCCCUUGAAAAGGAGAGUCAAGAACUGAGCUCUCUGGGCAAGUGGAACGUAGAGACCAGGGUAGAGGACAGUCAGCAGUGCCUGCAAGUAGAAGAGGGUCUGCAGGAGGAACAGCACCAAGAGUCUCUGAGAGAGGUGAAGCAGGAGCUGCCUAGCUCUGGAAAUCAACAGCGGUGGGAGGAUGUGGUGGAGGGCAAAGCAGUGGGUCAGGAAGCACCUCUGGCAACCACAGGAGUGGGAACUGAGGAUAAGGCAGAGUUGCAUCUGAGGGGGCAAGGUGGAGAGGAAGAAGCUGCAGCAGAGGGAGAGCUGUUGCAGGAUAUUGUGGGGGAGGCCUGGAGUCUGGGGAGCUCUGAGCCCAAGGAGCAGAGGGUCCCUGCUGAGGCCCUCGACAACCUGGAAGGAGGGGCCUUAGAGGUCCCAGUUGCUCAGUCAAUGCCAGAGGUGACAGAGCGAGAUGAGGAUAGAGCCCAAGCAGGUGAACAAGACUCCAUAGAGGUGACCCUUGGGUUAGAGGCUGCCAGAACUGGACUGGAACUCGAGCAGGAAGUGGUAGGGCUAGAGGACCCAAGGCAUUUUGCCAGGGAGGAGGCCAUUCCCCCAUCCCUGGGGGAGGAAAGUGUGAAGGCAAAGAUAGCUCAGGGCUUGGAAGGGCCUGGAAAGGAACCAAAAGAGGCAGGUGCUCUGGACUCGGGGAUCCUUGAAUUGCCCAAGACUAGCAGCGAGGCUCUGGAAUGCCAGGGCCAUGAAGAGUCUGAGUCCAUGGAGGGCUGGGAAGAAGAGGAGGCCUCACUGGAGACUUCAGAUCAUGAGGGCAGUGAUGCCCCUCAGCCCAGGCCCCCAGAAACAGAAGAAGAUGAGGGUGCACAGGCAGCACUGACAGCCCCUGGUCCCAAGCUCUUGGAACCCUGUUCACCCAUCCCAAUCCUGACAGAUGCCCAUGAGCUGCAGCCCCAGGCUGAGGGGAUCCAGGAGGCUGGCUGGCAGCCAGAAGCUGGGUCUGAAGCACUAGAAAGGGUAGAAAAUGAGCCAGAGUUUGGUCUUGGGGAGAUCCCGGAGGGCCUCCAGGAUUGGGAAGAGGGCAGAGAAGAAAGCGAGGCAGAUGAUCUAGGGGAAACUCUCCCUGACUCUACUCCCCUGGGCCUCUACCUGAGGUCCCCUGCUUCUCCAAAGUGGGAUCUGGCUGGAGAACAGAGGCUUUCCCCUCAAGGGGAUGCCGGGAAGGAAGACUGGGGUCCUGCUGUCCCCGCUGCCCAGGGCCUCAGUGGUCCACCGGAAGAGGAGGAGGAGCAAGGCCAUGGCUCUGACCUAUCAUCUGAAGAGUUUGAGGACCUAGGGACUGAGGCCUCUCUUCUUCCAGGGGUUCCCAAGGAGGUAGCAGAUCACGUGGGCCAAGUGCCCCCGGUACUGCAGCCUGCAUGCUGGGAUCAGGGUGGGGAAUCUGAUGGGUUUGCUGAUGAGGAAGAAAGUGGGGAGGAGGGAGAGGAAGAAGAUGCUGAUGAGGAAGGAGCAGAGUCAGGAGCUCAGUGGUGGGGGUCAGGGGCCUCUGGUGGAGGCUGCAAGGUCCAGGAUAUUGCCCAAAGAGGAGACCCGGUACAGGAGUCUGUGGGUGUCAGUGGUCUCUGGGAUGAUGGCUUGAGAGGUGCUGCAGCUAAUGUUCCUGCCCUAGAGAUGGUAUCUCAGGACAGUGCUGAGCCUUCUGGGUCAGAGGAGUCUGAGUCUGCUUCCUUGGAGGGGGAGGAAGGUCAAGUGACUGACCAUUUAGAUGCUCCCCAGGAGGUGACCAGCAUGGUCCCGGGGGUAGGAGAUGCCUUUGACAUUGGUGGCCAGAGCCCCAACUUGGACUCAGAACAAGUGAAUGGGAAAAUGGAGAAUGGACUAGAACAGGCUGAGGGGCAGGUGGUCCUGGAUGGGGACGAGGAUCAAGAACUCCUAUUACAGGGACAGGAGGUGGGUGCUCUAAAGGUUCCUUUGGUAGCAUCUCCUGUGCAUCUAGGCCCAAGCCAGCCCCUGAAGUUCACUCUGAGUGGGGUAGAUGGGGAUUCCUGGUCCUCAGGGGAAGACUAGAAACUGCCCCUCUGGCUCUGAGGAUGUACUGGUGGGGAUGUCCCUCCCUGCUCUGGGUGACCACUCUUAGCUUUGAUAACUUGACCCAUGGUAUUUGUCCUGGAGAGUUGUGGCUGGGCUGAGCAAGGGAGGUGAGAUCCUCCUGAAGGCUCAGGAGUUCCAGGCCUAUAGUUCUACCCCCUCUUUCUUCUGUGGCUCACCUGCUGGAAGAGGCCUGGGCCCAGAGCUUUCCCACAAGGCUGUUCUGGCCACAGCUUGCUAGCCUUGCCUACCACCUGCACAAGGUCUGGUCUGGUGUAUGCCCAGGGGAGCUGAGGGCAGCAUUUAUCUGACCCUUCAUCUCAGCCUGCUGAGAGCUUGUUCCUCUCUUCCUCCCUGAAUAAAGCCGUAUCCCUACCUACAAA